AUGAAGCUAUUCGAGGUGAAAAAAGCAUGGAGCAACCGCGUCAGAAUCGGAGCACUCGAAUUCGGAAACUUCUCCACAGAAACCCCCGCUCUUCUCUUAUCAACUCGCAAAGGCCUCCCUCAUUUCACACCUCCCGAUCUUCUUCCCUCUCUUCCUUCUCCCGAUUCUCAUCUCCUUCAAGUUUCGCCGCUCCAUUUUUUGGAAGGACUUUCUCCGGCGACUAUAGCGAAAAUCGGAGGGAUUCAUAAAUUGAUUGGAUUGAAUGAUUAUGGAGUUGUUGCUGUUGCUAGGGAUUCUGUUCAUUCGCUUCCGGAAUCUAAGGGAGCUAACAAAUUUGGUGCCACUUUUGAGACUCCGUGUGGUAGGUUGUUGGUUAAACCCAAAGAUUAUCUUGUAAUGAUUUCUUGCAUGAGGCCAAACAUAUGGGCUACUUUGGCUGAUGAAGUACCUGCUUGGGUAUCUGAUAAAAGGAACAGAACCUCGGUGGAUAGAACUUUGAGAUGGCUUGAUGAUUGCUUGGAAUUGGAUCCGGCUGUUGGAUCAGUUUUUGGUGCCAUAGUGGGAGGCCCAAGUUUGGAUGAAAGGAAGCGAUGUGCAGAGGAGGUAGCCAAGCGAAAUGUAGCAGGUUAUUGGAUUGGUGGAUUUAGUCUUGGAGAGGCUAUUGAUGAGCGACCUGCUCUUCUACGUGCUAUUGUUGAUGUCUUGCCAGAUGAAAAGCCGCGCAUGAUCUGUGGUCUGGGACUCCCAGAGGAGAUCUUGCAGGGGAUUGCUGCUGGAAUUGAUCUUUUUGACUCAUCAUACAUCUAUACCCUUACACUUGGAGGAUUUGCGCUAACCUUUUCACUGGACAAGAAUGGGAAUCAAGAUAAUUUUGAGCCAAGUCAGAUGGGAAGUGACUCGAGUAAAAUUAAUUUGCGAGCGACAGUUUAUAGAAAAGACAUGUCCCCAAUUUUAGGAGUCUGCACCUGUCAUACAUGCCAGAACUAUACAAAAGCAUACAUCAAUCACCUAUUCAAUACUCAUGAAAUGCUGGCACAAACUCUGCUAGAAAUCCACAAUACACACCACUAUCUUAGGUUCUUUCGAGUGAUAAGAGAAGCAAUCCAAGAAGGGAGGUUUGAGGAAUAUCGACAGACAUUCAUCGAAAGCAGGCGCGAGCAUUAUGAAAGAGUUGCGGACUCUGAAGGUGUAGGGUGGUGUGACAGAAUCUCGCAGUUAGUUUUUAAGUGCUGUGGGAAUUGA